ACACGCACUCGGCUUCAUGCUGCACACACACACACCCACCGUCUCCUCUGACUGACUGACUGACUGACUGACUGUGCGGACUGUGCACAUCAAAGAAGAAGAAGAGCUCGGACGGGACGGUAGCACUCUGGACUGUUUGUGUGGAGGUGUGAAGAAGAAGAAGAAGAAGCACAGAAGCUGCUCUGAUUCAUGCUCUUGAGAUAAAACAGGACAAGUGACUGAACUGGAGAUUUUUAUCUUCCUCUUCUUUGGCUUGACUCUAAAGACGGAGAGCGACCUUUUUUCUCUCAAGGACCUGCCACUGCUUCUUCUGCCAGUGACGACCCACUCGACAGGAUGACAUGGCGUCCUCAGUACCGCAGCUCCAAGUUCCGCCACGUGUUCGGUAAGGCCGCCACCAAGGAGAGCUGCUAUGAUGGCGUGCCAAUCACACGCAGCGUUCAGGACAACAACUUCUGUGCUGUCAACCCUCGUUUCCUGGCCGUCAUCACCGAGUGUGCCGGGGGAGGGGCCUUCCUGGUGCUGUCCGUCCAUCAUACGGGUAAAGUGGACCCUACCCACCCUCGAGUGUCGGGCCACAGGGGCAACGUGUUGGACAUCAAAUGGAAUCCCUUCGACGACUACUGCAUCGCCUCCUGCUCCGAGGACACCACGGUGAAAGUGUGGGAAAUCCCUCCUCAUGGUGUGCUGAAAAACCUGACAACACCGUGGAAGGAUCUGCAGGGUCACAGCCGCAGAGUUGGCCUCAUCGAGUGGCAUCCGACUGCUAACAACAUCCUCUUCAGUACGGCCUAUGACUACCAGGUGAUGAUCUGGAACCUGGACUGUCCAGAGCAGGUGAUCAAAAACCCUGUGCGGACCAUCAGCCACCACACAGACGUAGUCCUGUCCAUGUCUUUCAACACGGAUGGGAGUCUGCUCGCCACCACCUGCAAGGACAGGAAAAUCCGACUGAUGGAGUCGCGCUCAGGAAACCUGCUGCAGGAGGCCAGCUCCAAGACGCACAAAGCUGGUAAGGUGUUAUUCCUUGGAAACCUGAAGAAGCUUCUCACAUCAGGCACUUCACGCUGGAACGAGCGACAGAUAGCUCUGUGGGAUCAGGAUGAUCUGUCCGUGCCUUUGUUGGAGGAGAACCUGGACGGUUCUUCAGGGGUCCUCUUCCCUUUCUAUGACCCCGACACACACAUGCUCUACCUUGCUGGGAAGGGUGACGGAAAUAUCAGAUACUAUGAGAUCAGCUCAGAGAAACCGUACAUCCACUACUUAACAGAAUACCGCUCACACUUACCUCAGAAAGGACUGGGUGUGAUGCCAAAGAGAGGUCUGGAUGUGAGCUCCUGUGAGGUUUUCAGGUUCUACAAACUGGUGACAAUCAAGAGCCUCAUUGAGCCUCUUGCUAUGAUCGUACCCCGCAGGUCGGAGUCGUACCAAGAAGACAUCUAUCCAAUGACGGCCGGUAACAUGCCUGCUGUGACUGCAGAGGAGUGGCUUAGUGGCAUCGACAAAGGUCCAGUGCUGAUGUCUUUGAAGCCUGGAAGUCAAGUAGCAGAGUCCCACUCAGACAGAAAGGGGCUGGUCAACUCACUGGACACUCGCCGCUCUCAGAGCCGACCAGGAAUGCUGCAGCUCUCUUACAUUCAGGACAAACUGGAAACCAAAGACGGCAAACAGGACAGCGCCCGCUCAGAGGACGACAGGAGUCGGACGCCUCUGAGCAACGGAGAAGACCUUGCACUUUGCUCUCCUCCCAGGACAGAGAAUGAGCUGCGCCUGAAGUUCCACAAGCAGCAGGAGGAGAUCCGGCGGCUGAGGGAGCUCCUCAACCAGCGGGACGUGCGCAUCAAACAGCUGGAGCUGGAGAUUAAGAACAUCAAAAACUCCCAGCCUCAGAGCUCGCUUUAAGACUGUCCUGCUGAGUCACCCUCACCUCCUCACAGGGACACAUGCAUUACUGUACAAACGUACCGCUAACUACAUCUUCAGAACCGCGGCACUCUUUUGUCGCCCUGUUUUCCCUCUAAUGAGCCCCACAUACUCACUGCACAGGGGUGCAUUAAACCUUGAUUUUAUGUUUUUCAGCCUGUCGUUUUGUCCAUUCCACACACGGUGCACAUAUUCUUUGUUCAUGUACAUACACUUGGAAAACUCUCUGCACCUUCUGACCUUUCCUCCCGUUUUCUUUUGUACGCUUCACAGCUAUGCAAGGUUAUCGUGAUUUUUACCUUUUUUUAUGCUCUUUGUCGCUGAGAGAUAAAAGGAUGUUUGUGCCUGUCUCGACUGAAUGACGCGGUGUCUGCGUGUUGUUUGAAAGUCGCUGCAGGGUCGCAGCAGACGUCCUGUGUGAUUGUAACAUAACAGCACGUUUAUUUUCUAUGCUUGGUGGUUGUUGUUUUUUUUUUUUUUCUUCUUCCAAUAUUUAAACUACUGUAAGUGGAGACGGCUGUGGUGUUUGGGGUCUGUGAUGACAGAUGACUGCGUGUCUGAAUGAGAGCGAGCGAAAUGAAUGAUAGUAUCGUGAUCCCAGCUGUGUUCUGCCAAUCCAUUAAGCUGCAUUUGUUUUUAUUCUCUUAUUUUUGAACGACUGGAUCCAUUUCACAGCAGCCAAUUCUGUUAACAGAUGCCAUGUAGCAGUUUGGAUGUUAAUUUUUAAAAUAUACUUAUUUUAAAAAUACGGUCAAGGAAAAUGACAUUUAAUCAAGUACAGCAUGUAAAAUGUUUUUAAAAAAAGGACAAAAUCCUGUUUGUUUUUUUUCCUGAUGUGGAGCCACUGUGAAGAGCUGGAGCACCGCACAACUUUUAGGUUAAAUUGUGUUCACUCAGCUCUCGUGUAUUCAUACAUACAAAAUGUUGUUUUUAAAAAAAAAAAAGUUCCCUCA